UGGUGUGAAGCAUUCCUUGUUUGACUUGUCACAUUUUAAAUAAAUAUUUAACAAAACUUUCGCAUUUUAACAAGCGAUUGCCAAAUUUCCACCGGAUUUUCGCUUUGAUUGUCAGACAAAAAAGGUGCUAAAUAGUGUCCUGGAGCCUUGGGAGCGAAUUACUUUCACUGUCCCGGCGUAUUUAGCACGUUUUUUUGCGGCAGAAAUUUAGCAACAGGUUGAAGACGAGUCGGACUUGGGAUGAAUUGUGCAGCGCCUAGAUUUCGACCGCAUUUCGGUCCCUGUGGUCCUUGUGGUCCCGGUGGUCCUUGUGGACCCUGUGGUCCCUGUGGCCUCAGUGGUCCUUGUGGACCCUGUGGCCUCAGUGGUCCUUGUGGACCCAGUGGCCUCAGUGGUCCUUGUGGACCCUGUGGCCUCAGUGGUCCUUGUGGACCCUGUGGUCCCUGUGGCCCCUCUGGAUUUUGUGGACCCUGCGGCGGACCCUGUACUGGCUGCUUUGUUCCCUGUGGAUCCUGCGGACCCUAUGCAUCCUGCAGACCUUGCGACCAUUGCGGACCUCCGCCCUGCGCCGUGGUCUCGUACCAGCUGACCUCCGGACCAGUGGGUCCCGUGUUGCCCGGAAUGCAGUGCACCUGCAGCCCAGCGUGUGGCGGAUCCUGUGGCGUAUCCUGCUGCGGCCCCUGUAGCGUACCCUGCGGCGGCUGCUGCAACGGCAGCUGCGCGCCGCCCUUCUACUUCGUGCCGAACAACUGCCGGAACUGCUUCGAGUGGGGCCGCUUCGGACCCACGUAUUAGUGUUGCACUUUUGAUGGACCCUUCAUAACACAGUUUCGAAUGCAAUAAAUUCACGUGUCAGCCAGAGU